AAAUUUUUCACUUCGUCAAAUCGUGCAAGUGUAUUGUUCGGUCGAAUUUCGGUGGCAUUUAUUUUUGUAAAUUUACGGGCCAAAACCGGUCCUACGGAGUGAAAGUGAAGUGUAUUUUGCUGAACGGAUUCAUAAAGCAUCGUCUGCGGUUAAAAUGCGCCAUGAAUUCAUCGAAACAUCGGCGUAAUUGUUGUGUUUUCCCAUCUGCUAACACUGACCGGCGGCAUCACCAUCAGCAGUUCAAAAACAGAAGCACCGUGUGCGUGGGAACGAGUCGCAAGUAAAUACAACCCGGUUACAUAUCUACUAGCACGAGGCGCCACCAGUAGGAAUUCGAUUCGGGCUUGUGGUUGUGUUUGGUGAAGUUUUCCCUUUGAAUCAUCGACCGAAAAAGAUUUCUUGUUUUGAAAGCGAAGCACCUUGAACGGUAUACCGCGCAGAGGGCAAAAUGAGCGGACGAAUGGAUAAUCUGGACCUGUUGUCGGACGACGAGCUCCGGCUCAGAUUGGUGCAGUACGGCUUUCAGAAUCUCCCCGUCACCAAUACCACCCGGAAGCUGUUGAUCAAAAAGCUCCGCAAUCACAUGGAAAACGAGAAAGGAAAGUUGCGACGGGAGACGAGCUAUGCGACGCGUUACUCUUCCGGUGAGGAAUCCGACGGAGAAAAAAGAUCCGGACGUAGAGCAACAACCACUGGUACUAGCAGUGCACGAAAGGCAAUGCCACCACCAGCUCCGAGAUCGGUCAGCAAGAGAAUCAGCAAUUCACCCAUAUCAAACAGUAGUUUACUUUUCAACAACAACAAUAAUAACAAUCACAACAAAUCGGUAUCGCCCGGUUCAGGAAAAAGUGCCGUGUUCAUUUCACCGGUGAUCAUUAAUGACAGCGAAGAGGAGGAUUAUACCGGUGGUUUGCGAACGACAAGCCGGGGCUUUGGAAACUCAUCUUCACCCAGUGCUCUUUUUCGUCGUACCACCUCCAACAGUACCUACGCCACUCCCACAAGACUUCCGACAAGCGCUGCCUCAGUACCCACGGCACAACUUCCUUCGUCAAGCUAUCGAAUAACCGGAAACAACAAUCCAACGGUACCAUCCAGCAACGCAUCAACCAGGCUGAAUGAUUCGUCAAACACUAACGGCAGUGCGUCGGACUCUCCCUUCGUGAGUGAGUACACCAAACGGCUGCUGCAGUUACGAGGUGAAACAGUGUCCCACGAGAACUACAACAGUGCCAUUGGCAGUGCCAUCAGUGGUGCAAGUAGCGGAAGCAAUCUCAGCUUAAAUCACAGCGGGGCUCCGAUUAGUGGGAACCACUUCCGCAGUCGGUAUACCCUUUCAGGUAGAUACUCGACCAAUCACAAUGAUGCCAGUGGCGGAAACGGCUUUAGCGAGAACGAUAUUGUGACACAUGCUCAGCCUAGUCCGGAACCACCACAAAUCCCGCUGAGGGUCGCGUUAGGAAAUCUGAUUACAAAGCUAGACGAGCACUACGGUUUCAAGCAGACGUUCAUUCCAUGUGCGCUGCUGUGUCUAUUUAUUGCUUUUCUGGUGUUUGUGGCAUUUAUGUACAUGACUAUCACCACUGAUAUUGCAAGCACGCUGAAUUCGAUUGAUACCAGGUAUGAAUUAUGUGAAACCACGACGACAGAUGGCAGUAGAUGUAUACCACAAUCAGAGCUAGAACCGGCAUUGGAGAUGUUGAAACUUGUUGGAACCGAAUUGAAAAGUCGCGUGGAGCGCAGUAAGUGCGUGGACUCCAGUGUGUCAUAUUUGAUGAAUGCCGAUGAGGUGUUAAAGUUGGCAAAAGAACACAACCCGUCUACGUUGAUUCCGCAGCUGACGAAACAUUUGCACACGAUGGAAUAUUUGAUCGACCAAAACCCACAGUGGAGAAUAAAUCACUGCGAUCAGGAUGGCAAUGAGCUGAAAUUUGAAGAAGUUCUGCGGCGACGACAAACCAAGAGUAAUUAUUUUGCUAUACUGAAACCGAAACUGCCGUUCACGUGUAUGCUUUACAAUAAAUUCCACACAUUCUUUAUUAUUGUUGGCGUGCUGGGAAUGAUUGGAAUGUCGACAUAUCUGGGUAACUGUUUUCUGAAAUUCGUACUGCAAGUUAAGCAGAAACGCAAGGAUCAAGUGAAUUUGUUGAUUACUGAGAUUAUUCAAGCGGUCAGUCAAGCCUCGUCAUCUGUUGGAGGCAACGAACCAUCCGAGGAGGGUGGUUUGGUGGUGGUUAACCAUCUUCGAGAUAGACUGAUAACUCACGACAAUCGUAAAAACCUCGAGUGGGCUUGGAUCGAAGCACUUCAGUUUUUAGAGCGGAACGAAAGCCGAAUACAGUUUGAGGUGGGAAAUCGUGGCGGCGAAGACUUCAAAAUGAUGCGUUGGAUCGAUACGGCUCCAAUCACGGCAACCGCUGUCACACGUUCAGUUCCCGGAGGAGUAAAGAAGUGGCAAAGUCCUGCUUUUGAUAACACCAACAAAAUACCUGAUCCGCCAACGCCCUGUCUCAAAAUCCGGCAAAUGUUUGACAAGUACGAAGUGAACGAUCCCAACCUAAGAACCAUCGUCCAGGAUGCCAUUUUGGAGAAGGUGGGGCUGCGAUGUAAAAUCUACGAUAUCCAGAUGGAUCGGAACACUUGCUGCGUCUAUGUGCGUUGUGCUUCGGCCAAGGAUGCUGGAAUCGUGCAUGACGAAAUCAACGGCUGGUGGUUCGAUAAUCGGUUGGUCUCUAUUAAAUUCCUGCGACUGGAGCGCUAUCUGGCACGAUUUCCUCGGUCGUCUGCUGGUCCGGUUUGUCUAAAACCUUCGAAUCGUAACAAUAGCUCAAUGUCUCAGCAGCCGCCGCUCGGGGAUCGGCCAACGAACCAGGUACAGCGAGACGAAGACGAGGAGGAUGAGGAGGAAGAAGACGAUACUGAACCCGAGCAUGAGCCAGAGUGCUAAUAAUUUAAUUUUAGUUAUUUUUUUAACUUUAAUUUCAUUAGUUGUAAUUUAACGCAGCUGCUUACAUUGUUUUACAAUUUGUGAGGUCCUUCGAAAGAUAAAUCUAUUUUAAUCAUCGUUUAAAAUAAGAAAUUCUUAUAAAAUUAACAAACUAAAAGAAAAACUGCAGAGGUGGUAAAACAAAAAUAUCGUUAAAGUUAUGAACCAGAGCUAAUGAAAUAAACUUUGUUGGUUUACUGUACUGUUAAUGUUAAAUUGAAACAAAAUCGAAUUCUUAUCAUUUUAAGUGGCGAAGGAAUCAUGUAGGAUGAUGGACACCGCUAAUCAGUGAGGCGCCUAAGAUGAUUGUGCUGAAAAUCACAAUGUUUUGCAUCCAUUUCAUUCUGUACUGAUAAAAAGUUCAAGACAGUGAGCCAUAAUCUUGGUUGCCAUCUUUAUCAACAAAUCAAACACAAACUCAGUAGACACGACGGGCGAAGACACAUGAAAUUGGAAUGCGUUAUCAUUAAUAUUAGCUGGUUACGAAAAAAACGGUAUCUGACUAAAAAUCUGAAAGUUGUUAGCGUAAGUAAAUAUUGUAAAAUAUAAUCGAUUUAGAAAUAAA